AUGGCGAAAGGUGCCGGCGCCGUCGCUGUCCUCUCCUUCCUCCUCGCUCUCCCCAUCCUCUCCGUCCUCGUCGCCGGCGAGGACCCGUACCGGUUCUUCACGUGGAACGUCACCUACGGCUACAUCUACCCGCUCGGCGUCAAGCAGCAGGGGAUACUGAUCAAUGGCCAGUUCCCGGGGCCGCAGAUAGAGGCCGUCACCAACGACAACCUCGUCGUCAAUGUCUUCAACAGCCUCAACGAGCCAUUCCUCCUCUCCUGGAACGGGAUACAGCAGCGUCGGAACUCGUUCGAGGACGGGGUGGCCGGGACGACGUGCCCGAUCCCGCCCGGCGGCAACUUCACCUACAACCUGCAGGCCAAGGACCAGAUCGGCACCUACUUCUACUUCCCCUCCCUCGCCUUCCACAAGGCCGCCGGCGGCUUCGGCGGCAUCCGGGUGCUCAGCCGCCCCAGGAUCCCCGUCCCGUUCCCGCCACCCGCCGCAGACUACACCGCGCUCAUCGGCGACUGGUACAAGACCAACCAUACCGAUUUGAGAUACAUGCUUGACAGCGGCAAGACUCUUGGCUUCCCUGAUGGCCUGCUCAUCAACGGCCGCGGCUGGAACGGCUACACCUUCACCGUCCAGCCAGGCCAGACGUACCGUUUCCGGAUCACCAACGUCGGUCUGUCGACCUCCCUGAACUUCAGGAUCCAGGGGCACACGAUGAAGCUGGUGGAGGUGGAGGGGUCGCACACGGUGCAGAGCACCUACUCCUCCCUGGACGUGCACCUCGGCCAGUCCUACUCGGUGCUCGUCACCGCGAACCAGCCCGGCUUCGACUACUCCAUCGUCGUCUCCACGCGCUUCACCAGCAAGAUCAUAUCCACCGCCGCCGUUCUGCACUACACAAACUCCGCCGGCAAGGCUCCCGGCCCUAUGCCCGGAGGCCCCACCACGCAGAUCGACUGGUCACUCAACCAGGCCCGUACCAUCAGAUGGAACCUGACGGCAAGCGGGCCGAGGCCGAACCCGCAGGGCUCGUACCACUACGGCCAGGUGAACACCACCAGGACCAUCAGGCUGGCCAACUCGGCGGCCACCAUCAACGGGAAGCAGAGGUACGCGGUGAACAGGGUGUCGCACGUCAACCCUGACACGCCGCUCAAGCUCGCCGACUACUACAAGAUCCCCGGCGUGUUCUCGGUGGGCACCAUCUCCGGCAGCCCGACGUCCGGCGGAGCCUAUCUUCAGACGUCCGUCAUGGGGGCCGACUACAGGGGCUACGUGGAGGUUGUGUUCGAGAACUCCGAGAACGAGGUGCAGUCGUGGCACAUCGACGGCUACGCAUUCUGGGUUGUCGGCAUGAAUGGAGGACAAUGGUCCCCGGCAAGCAGGCAGAUCUACAAUCUGAGGGAUGGUGUUUCGCGCUACACUGUUCAGGUUUACCCCAACGCGUGGACUGCAAUCUACAUGCCCCUUGAUAACGUGGGCAUGUGGAACGUGAGAGCAGAAAACUGGGCUAGGCAAUACCUUGGGCAGCAGUUCUACCUCCGCGUCUGGACGCCGUCGACGUCGUGGCGCGACGAGUUCCCAAUCCCCAAGAACGCCCUCCUCUGUGGCCGUGCCGCCGGCCGCCGGACAAGGCCGCUCUGACUU